CAUGGCCCAGUUGCGGGCGUCGCGAAAGAAAAAACCCCUUGUCGAGUCCUCUGAUUCCGAUCAAGAUGGCUCCCGCUCACCGCCACCCAAGCGUGCAAAGAGGGGAUCCACAUCAUUAACGACGAGCUCAUCGGGGGCUCGUAAAGCUACUAAACCAGCUACUUCGCCCCAGCCAUCGUCCAAGAAAGCCGUUGCUAAACCACCCGCCAAACCAAAACCGGCAUUCAAACCAAUCACUGCUUUCUUUGGCAAGGCUACUAAUUCACGACCUCAAUCUGCCCAUCCCACCCCAAGCCCCGACAAGUCUACCGUGAGCACUCCGCUCGCCGAAGUCGACGACAUCCUAGAUUCUGAAGAUGAUGAUGCCUCUCUCCAGCCUGCCGCACGACAGGCGGCCCUGCCGCUGCGCAAGGGCAAAAUCGCUGUCACUGCUAACACAGAUGCUCCGCCAAAGGGCAGCCAGGUUUACAAGCGUGCUCAAUCUAUCAAUCAAACUCGACCAACGCCUGCGGCUAUCAAUGCUGUAGAUCGCCGGCCAUGGAACGAAAAGUACGGUCCUAUAUCUUUGAGUGAACUGGCCGUGCACAAGAAAAAGGUCGAAACGGUUCGUGAAUGGCUCACGGGUGUCUUGAGCGGCAGGGACCGAAAGAGACUAUUGCUUUUGAAAGGUCCAGCUGGGAGCGGUAAAACCACUACGGUAUCCAUCCUCGCCAAAGAGUUAGGUGUUCACGUCCAUGAAUGGAGGAACCCUUCGAGCUCCUUGCCUUCUUCAGAGGGCUUCAGCUCCGCCACUGCCCAAUUUGAAGAGUUUGUCGGUAGGACUGGUGCAUUUGGCAGUCUUUCUUUCAAAGAGAGUGCGCAAUCUCCUCAGCAUGUGACACCUCCUGCUCUGACCCGUAGACAGAAGCAGCUGGUUUUGGUAGAAGAAUUUCCAAACACAUUUACGCGUGGUUCAUCCAUUAUACAAUCGUUUCGAUCUUCUGUUCUCAACUACCUUGCUGCCGCUACUCCAUCAGCCACAUCCUUCUUUUCGGGCAAUUCCAACUCUGAUCAGCCUAUAACACCCAUUGUAAUGAUCAUCUCAGAAACUCUGCUCUCCACCAACACCGCAUCAGCCGACAGCUUCACGGCUCACCGACUGUUAGGGUCCGAAAUUCUUACUCACCCGGGCGUCACCGUACUCGAAUUCAAUCCAAUCGCACCCACAUUCAUGACCAAAGCUCUUGACCUUACAAUUGUCAAGGAAGCCCGCAAGACAGGCCGCCGGAAAACGGUAGGCCCGCAAGUCAUACAACACCUGACCGAACUGGGCGACAUACGCAGUGCCAUCUCUUCACUCGAAUUCCUUUGUCUACGUGGAGAUGAGCCAGAAGGGGAUGAAGGUUUGGGAUCCAAGGUCGAAUUCACAAAAACAAAGAAACAAAAAGAUCGACCCAUGACUAAAAUGGAGCAAAACUCUUUGGAAAUAAUAACUCAGCGUGAGAGUACGCUGGGCAUCUUCCACGCUGUCGGUCGCGUAGUUUACAACAAGCGGCUACCGGACAAUCCAACUGUCGACGUGCCACAACCGCCCACAUACUUCCCCGAACGGCGCAGACCAAAGGUUCCUGAGGCUAAUGUUGACGAGCUGAUCAAUGAACUCGGCACAGACACAGACACAUUCGUCGCAGCGCUUCACGAAAACUAUGUCCUCUCUACGGACGCGGGCGACAGCGAAGAAACCCUUGACUGUAUCAACGGCUGCGUCGACGCCCUCUCUGAUGCCGACCUCCUCUCGCCCGACCGCUUCGGCAGAUCAGGCCGCAAUAUCCAAGGCUCAGGCGCAGACAACCUCCGCCAAGACGAAAUGAGCUUCCAGACCAGCGUCCGGGGCCUCCUUUACCACCUCCCCAACCCCGUCAAACGCAUCGCUCCUCCCCCAGGCGUCAUGGGCCAAAAAGCAAAAAGCGUACCGGGAGGCGGAAACAACUACAGCAGUGCCCCAUCCAAAGGCAGUGCCUUCGCCAUGUACUACCCUUCCUCUCUCCGCCUCUGGCGCCAGCAAGAAGAAACGAGCGGGCUCCUCGAACUCUGGAUCGCCCGCGCCCAGCGAGGCAACCUCCUCGUCCCAUCAUCCACCACCUCCUCUACAUCCACAUCCACAACCCCCGGGGGCGUAGCUACGUGGCGCAAAACCAGCACCCCGUUCGCCAAACCCUCUUCCUCGCCAUCCUCGGCACCAUCCACACAACCCCACCAUACGCAACAGAAAACAGAUCCCCGACACCCCGAUCCGCCAAAUACCCUUCUCGGAAGCGGCGCCUCAGCCCGCACGGAAAUGCUGCUCGAGCGCCUCCCUUAUGUAGCGCGUAUCCUCUCCCACCCGCAAUCUCCAGCCAACAACAACCCCGCUACCCGCCGCUUCCUCUCCUCCUCGUCAUCCUCGUCGCCAAACGCAUCUGCUAUCCGCGAGAUCCGCAGAAUCACCGCGUUCAACGGUGCUGCCGGUACUAGUACCAGUAUCACCCCCGAGGACCCGGACGAUGCAAUCGCUACAGGCAACGACGUCGACGCCGUCGUCGGCGAAGACGAAAUGUGGGCGACUGACAAACCGGGGUACGAUGAUCCUCGUCUCUCGCACUCGAAGAUGAAGAAGAGCAAUGGCGUUGUGUGGGAUGUUGGAGGGAUGAGCAAGAGCGGUGGUGUGGGGGACAAAGGGGAUCUGUUGGAGGCUGAGGGUAUUGGUGGCGGGGAUGGGGGAGUGCUCAGUGAUGAUGAUAUUGAGGAUUAG